AUGGCGUCGAGGCAAGGUGGCAUAAAACCUCGGAAAUCGACUUCCAAGUAUGCGAAUUCGCCGUCUUCAUCAACGACUUCGUCUACGAAACAGUUUCAUGAAGCGUUAGGUGAUAAUCUGAGUUCUCCAGCUUCAUCAGCUAGAAGCAAGCUACAGCAUGGUUACUCGGAGAGUUUGCCGUUGAGUUCAGAGAGAUCGAAAGAGAAUGUCACUGUGACUGUCCCGGUUCCGGCCUCUCAGGUGAUCAAAUUGGGUCAAAUUUUAUAUUAUUUGAUUACGUUGUGGUUAAUUUGGAUUAUAAGUGAUUUUGUUUUCGUUGUGGAUAGUCCGAGGGAAAUACGGCAAGGGGAGGAAAUUGCGUGGUAUGCGGACGGAGAAACAAUUGUGAGGAAUGAGCAUACUCCGGCGACAGCUUAUGCAUAUGAUCGGGUGUUUGGGCCUACCACAACAACACGUCAUGUAUAUGAUAUUGCAGCUCAUCAUGUUGUUGGUGGAGCUAUGGAAGGUGUUAAUGGGACUAUUUUUGCAUAUGGUGUUACAAGUAGUGGGAAGACUCACACUAUGCAUGGAGAUCAGAGGUCUCCAGGAAUUAUCCCAUUGGCAGUAAAAGAUGCUUUCAGUAUAAUUCAAGAGACUCCUAGUCGUGAAUUUCUCCUUCGUGUCUCAUAUUUGGAAAUUUAUAACGAGGUUGUUAACGAUUUGUUGAAUCCAGCAGGACAAAAUUUAAGAAUAAGGGAGGAUAAUCAGGGAACCUUUGUUGAAGGUAUAAAGGAAGAAGUUGUGUUAUCUCCUGCUCAUGCCCUUUCUCUCAUUGCAGCAGGAGAAGAGCACAGACAUGUGGGUUCAACAAAUUUUAAUUUACUCAGCAGCAGAAGUCAUACAAUAUUUACAUUGACAAUAGAGAGUAGCCCUUGUGGUGAAAAUGGUGAUGGUGGGGAUGUUAACUUGUCACAAUUGAACCUCAUAGAUUUAGCAGGUUCUGAGAGCUCAAAAGCUGAGACUACAGGUGUUCGUAGAAAAGAAGGAUCUUAUAUAAAUAAAAGUCUGCUAACCCUUGGAACUGUUAUAUCAAAAUUAACAGAUGCAAGAUCAGCUCAUGUGCCAUAUAGAGACUCAAAGUUAACUAGGCUCCUUCAAUCUUCAUUAAGUGGACAUGGAAGAGUAUCUCUUAUUUGCACUGUUUACUCCCUCAUCAAGCAAUCAGAGGAGACACAUAACACAUUAAAAUUCGCGGCAUCGUGCAAACAUAUAGAGAAAUUCAAACAGCACAAAAUAAGAUAA